AAUUCGAACGCGGAGCUUCCCGUGUCUCCAAGAAUGAAAAUGGACCGUCUGACUACAGGUUAAAGUAUCUUCAUCGAUUUUUCGGAGUAAGCAUUAACAUUGCUCAUCAUGGAGGAGUACCUAGUCAUCAAGCAUCCCUGUUUCGUGCGGAACGGGUCGGAGGAGAAAGCCAUGAAAAUGUUGGGUGGGCUGAAACAAGUCGAGCAUACCUUCAACAUGGACAACAUGAGGAUGCAGCUGAAUUUCCGAACAGAAGGCGAUUGCUGUUCAAAGGGAGUUUUCGGAUCGCACAAAGACGUGAUAGCUUUCUGGGUCAGUGUGAAGAAGUAUCGAAACAAACGCACAGGAGAGAUUGUGUGUCGUAGUGAGGUCUUGGGCUCAGUUCGUCACGUGUAUGAGUUUGAAGGAAUGACGGAUUUCCAAUUUCUCCCCGCGCAAGAAGGCAAAGACAUCAGAGAUAAAAUCCGGUAUCAGGGAGUUGACGAAGACAUACAAACGUUCGUCAACACCCCCGCGGACCACCUCUAUCUCGUACCCCAGGUAUUCACUCGAUUGGACACUCCGUUCACGGGCCCUUAUCGUCACACGUCCGACAUAAGGGCUCGACGGACUGAUGAAACGGGCAAACCUGUCCUGAGGAGAUCCCGAACGAUAUUCGCGACAUUGGUCAGGGUUCUAGCUCCACCGAACGGAGAUCCGACUCCGGCGAUGGCGCAAGCCGGAGCGAUCGAGCAGCUUAGGAGCGUAGACAAAGACCUCCGGAAACUGGUGGAAGAUGCUUUCGAGCGUAGACCCAUAUGGACCAAGAGCGCGCUCGCCAAUGAGCUGAAAGUGAAUCGAUCGGUCUUGAAAAUCGCGAUUGUGGGCUGCGCUUACUGUGUAAGCCAAGGCCCUUACCGUCUAUGUUACAUCCGUUACGGAUUCGAUCCCCGGAAGGAACCCUCGGCGAAAAUCUACCAAACCCUAGACUGUCGGGUCAAAGCUUGCACCGGUGUUCAGAAAUCUGCCGCGAGUCACGUGGUACCGGCGCAGAUCGCUCCGAGUAACUCCAAAUCCUCAACGAGCUCAAAGCGGAAGAAGGAAAGCGACGAAGAGGCGCGGGUGUUACGCUGCCGUUUCGUGUCGGGGAAGCUCCCACCGACGCGACAGCUGCUUUACCAUCUAUGUGAUAUUCAGAUGGACAGCGUUCAGCAGAUAGUACACAAGAACGAUGGAAACGAGACCUGGACCGACACCGACGGCUGGUGCGAAUCUGGCAGCAUGGUUCACAUCCGGGACUUCCUGACGGCGGACAUGAAGAACACCGCCGAAAAAUUGCGAUUGAAGCUCGUCGACGACAUAGAAAUGGCUCAAGGGGAGGCAACUUUCGAUGAGGAAAUUGACGACAUGGAGGAAGCUGACGAGACGAUCGAAGACGAAAUGGAUGUUGACUGA